AUGUUGGAAGAUAUGCUGACACGCUGGAACCAGCCUGCACACCUCCCAGGUGGAGGUGUGGAGUUUGACAGGAGCGCCAACCUGCUGAAGUUACUUGACUCCGGCUGGUUGCCGAUGGCAGUCGCAGGCACCAUCUUCUUCUUGAUGCACACGCACGAAUGGGGCCGCCAAUGUGAGAUAGCGCAGCAGGUUCAGGAGGAGGAAGACGAAAUGUCGAAGAUGUGCUCGCAGCAGAGGCUCGGCCUCAGCGUUUGUACCUUGCAGGGCUUGAAAAAUGUUCUGCGGCAAGGGCAGCUCCUGCGAACGAAGAGCACUGCCGUCUUCCUGACACCCAGAGCGGGGCGCGUGCCGGUGGGCCUUGCCACCAUUGCAACCAAGCUCGGUGCUUUGCCGGCAACGAUCGUUUUGCUGCACAUUGAAUACAGUGACGAGCCUUUCGUGCUGGAAUCUGAGCGGGUCCUUUUCUCGGCGGAGGAUCAAUCUUUAGGCUUAUGGUGCGCCACCUUCCGCUUCGGAUACGCGGAGCCCUUGACUCCGGCCCGCUUCGACCUGCAUAGCAAGCUUGCAGCCGGGGAGCUGGCAAUGCAACUCCUGGACUAUGGGACUCCGCGUCGCCUGGCUACGCCAAGCUUGACGUUCGAGGGGAACCUGGAGCUGCCAGAGGGGAGU